AGAUACUUCUUUGUGCUUUCUGUGGACCGCGUUGAUACCGCGGGGGGACAUCCUCGUGGUAGCCGAGGCCGAUCCCGCGAUUUUGAGUGGCGCCGAGUUGCCUCAUCUUCAACAGGGUCACAUCGUGAACGAUCCGCGACCUCGCCUCUCGGUUUCCCAGCAAGCCCAGAUACUGAGCGAUGUUCAGCAACACCAGCAACGGUACCGGCAACGUCCCGGCACUCAGGACUUCAAGAACCCGCGGGUAACAUCUUUCACCUCGUUCGAACAGGCACAGUCCAGCACGCCGUAUUCUUCUCUGGCCAAGUACAAGGUUGAUCGAGCGAAGCAGUUGCAAUUGCAACACUUGCAGCAGCAGCAGCAACAGGUGCAACAGCUUCUACAACAACAACAGCAAAAGAUCGCCCAGCAACUUGGUACUUCAAACUUUGUGAACGGCGGUGAUGGCACCGUUAGCGUACAAACGCCGCAAUUCCAGCGACAAUACCAGCAGCAACAGUACAAUCAGUACAACCAAAACAACUUCCAGAAUAUUCAUCAAGACCUUUCGCAGCCGCUAUUUAGCGAUCAGCAAACGUUGCAGUUACAGGAUUAUCUCGAGAAGCAACGUGAGCUGGAGGUGCUCCAGAAGCAACGGCAGCAGCUGCUGUACGAACAGCAAGAACUGCGUAGGCAACAGGAACUGUUGCGGCUUCAGCAACUCCAGAGACUCACUUCUACAACGCCACUACCGCCAACUGCGACAUCAACUCCGAUCGCCGUCAGCACUACUUCUAUACCAUUGUUGCUGUCCUCGCCAACGGCGCGACGUAUCACGCCAUCGGAAACUGAUUUCUUUCUCAAAGCAAUUGCUAAUCAUCAAAAGAAAUAUACAACGACAGCAGCGAGUACAACUACAACGACCACUACCACGACAACCACGCAGUCACCUCCGCCAGCCAGACGUGUGAUUACUUCUAAUACUCGUCAGGAGACGGAUAUACCAGAGAAUUUGCUUAGCCUGAUUCAAGAUCAAGAGGGCCAGUUGUUGCAGCAAGACAAAUCGAAGCCACAAAUUAAGGUGAUCUAUCAGACCGACAAAUCCAGCACGACGAGGCAGAAUUCCGGCGGCAGAAGCAGGAACUCUCAACAAUCCGAGCGAGACCUAUUGUUAAAACAACUCAAACUCGCCCUAGCCCAAUCCGGUGAUGACGAUGACGUUGCCAGGAAUGUCACCACCAGGGAUUUGAUACUGCCAAACGGCAAGAAGAUUCAGGUCAUCCACGCGCCGAACGGUUUGUCUUCUGUUGCGUCAAGCGGGAUCCCCAACGUUUUGACAUCGGCUGUGCCGUCCUCGACGACCACCAUCAAGCCGCCGAAAGCGCUUUUCGAGGAGUUAACGAAGGGCGGUGUGCUGCCACCGGGCGCCGAUUUCGAGGUCAUCCGGCAGAAGAGCGACGGCAGGCUCGAGGAGAUUGGCAAGACUCCGAUCAUCCAGAAUCUACCGGUGAAGAAGGUCACGUUUGUCUUGUUGGAGGAACAGCCGGACGGCAGUUACAAGGUGCAGGGUGUUAAGGGUAAUGCUAACGACAAGGAGAGCGGCAUUGAUGUCGAGUCCAUCGUCGAGAAGAUCAAGAAGGGCGAGCUGAAGCUACCGCCCAGCUCGCUCGGACCGAGCACGCCGUCUUCUACGCUAGAAAACCUUGAGUCCAGCCUCGAUCCGAAUCUGAUAGUAUCCACGGGUACGUCUAGGACGCCGGUGUCAUCUUAUCACUCCGUCAGUUCGACGGCGACCUUCAGGCCCACCACCGUCAGACCUACCUCGGCUAGAUACAGCGAAGGCAAGUCAGCAACGACGGAAUACAUCCCUUACGUCACAGUGUCACCGAACUCGGUGUCCACGACUGACAAGUACGUGACUUCUGCGUCCAGCGUCACGGGCCACGUGUAUAACGCCUUGAACACCAACCCGACGAAGACGACCCUGUCAGAUCACAUCCCGCGGGUAACCACUAAGUACUCGUCGUCCACCAGGAACCAGUUCAUCCCAACAAUGGCGCCGGUAAACGAGAUCGUAACGACGGCGACUCCGACGGCAACGUCCUACUCGCAUCAUACGCCGAACUCUUACGUCUACUUCACCAAGCAUUCGUCUGCGGAGACCUCGUCAGCGGAGGCCGUUCAGACUCCCCAGGAGAAUUUGGCCACGUUGUUAAGAAAGGAGGGUCUUUUCGCUAUGGCAAAAUACCUGAGACAAUCGGGAUUGGAUAAUGUGCUAAACGAAACCGGUCCGUACACCAUAUUCAUCCCUACGGACAAAGCCUUUAGAACAUUGCUGGUACAGCUGGGAGGACCGGAGAAAGCUGAGCAGAAGUUCCACGACAAUCCGAGACUUCUAAGUGGGCUUCUUCUUCAUCAUGUCAUACCGGGAGCCUUCAGGAUCGAAUCUCUGCAAGACGAGAUGACAGGCGUCAGCCUUGCAGGAACGCAAUUGCGGGUAAACGAGUACGCGAUGCAGGAUCACGAAUGGAACGAUGUAAAAGUAACGACGAUAAACGGGGCACGUGUCGCGCCUAACAAACGGGACAUCGAGAUCCCUCAAGGUAUCGCCCACGCUGUCGACAGGGUCAUGUUCCCGCUUCCAGUCGGCGAUUUGGUGCAAACCCUGCAGGCCGAUCGUGAGAGGAGGUUCACCACGUUCCUCAGAAUGCUACACGUGUCUGGCUUAGAGGACACGCUAGCAGGGCCGAAGACGUUCACAGUCUUCGCACCAACCGAUUCUGCUUUCACCGAUGCGUCUACAAAGAAUGGCGCUCCAAUUUGGACCGAUGAGGACGGGCCGGAAGCAGCGAAGGCAAUAAUCUCGCGGCAUGUGAUUCCCACGACUCUUUACACGGCCGGAAUGAGAUAUUACAUUCAAAAGGACACCCUUCGCCCACAGUCGCCGGUUCAUAUCCACAAAAACGGCGGACGAGUACGAGUGAACGAAGCACACGUUGUAACACAUAACGUGCCAGCGACGAAUGGUGUAUUACAUGCUAUCGACGGUGUUCUAUAAAACUACAGUUCAUAAUGAAUGAAAAAAUUGACGAUUCAGAUGAUGUACAAGUUGCAACCAUGCAGGUGAUAAUUGUACGAUAAUUUCGAAUAAUUCAUAACAUUGUAAACUUAUUUGUAUCUAUAGUUUCUCUGAAAAGUUGAAGACCUCGAUAAGCGAAUGUAAAUUGUUUGCGUAAGUGCGGUCGAAGACGUGGCAAUUAUUAUUGUAUCAAACCGAGUAGUAUAAAUAUCCGCCGUGUCGCGAUUUGAUUUGGUCACCAAAAAAAUUGAUGUGUUAUGCCAUAGGUGUCGCGAAAUCGGAGGAAAAAGUAACGAGACCAUUUUUAACGUACAUGUGUAAUAUUAAUUUAUAUAAGAUAAGCAGUAUCGGAGAUUCGUAUACUCGUGUCACGCGCACACAAGAGUACGGAAUAUUAAUCGCUAUUGUAUAGCAUGGUAAUGCAAUACCAUACUUUAGUUCAUAGCUCACAUCUUUUUAUAAAUAAAUGUACAGAAUGUA